UCCGGCCGUCUUAAUACCUACACUCCAUCCCUUCAUCAUCCUGCACCUCCUCAUUCCAGCGGAGAGUCAAACCGAGGAGAGUCAGUCCUCACGUCACUGAAACAGUCUAAAGGAUAAACUACAGCAAACCGUGACUUCACCGUGUGUGUGUGUGUGUGUGUGUCUGUGUGUCUGUGUGUGUGUACCGGGACUUUUUUGCUGCGGACGUUGGGUUUUCUGCUUACCUGUCCCAUCCGCCGCUCGUCGGUGCGUCGUGUCCGGACAGCAGCGUCCCCAGUUUGAUCCAGUUCCAGUCGUUCCAGCUGUGAGCGACCCCUCUGCACAUCUGUAUCAUCAGGAUGAAGAUGAGACAGCUCCGAGCUCUGAGUGGCUUCUUACUGCUCAGCCUGGUCGUCCUCGGCAACGCCCGGCCCAAAGCAGGUCCGGAGCAGAAAUGUAAAUCUGGUCCGGUGGAUCUGGUCUUCCUCAUCGACAGCUCUCGCAGCGUCAGACCCCACGAGUUUGAGACCAUGAGGAAGUUCAUGAUCGACAUCCUCGCCACCCUCGACAUCGGACUCAACGCCACCAGAGUGGGCGUGGUUCAGUACUCCAGCCAGGUCCGCAGUGAGUUCUCUCUUAAGACCCACGCCACUCUGGACUCCAUGGUCAAAGGCAUCAAUCAGAUCAUCCCGCUCGCUCAGGGCACCAUGACCGGACUCGCCAUCAAAUACGUCAUGAACGCGGCUUUCAUUGCCGAGGAGGGAGACCGGCCGAAGGUUCCUAACGUGGUCGUGAUCGUGACCGAUGGACGUCCUCAGGACCGCGUGGCCGAGGUGGCGGCCGAGGCCAGAGAGAAGGGCAUCGAGAUCUACGCCGUGGGUGUGGCCAGAGCUGACAUGACAUCACUGAGGGCCAUGGCGUCCCCGCCGUUCGAAGACCACGUCUUCCUGGUGGAGUCCUUCGACCUCAUUCACCAGUUUGGACUUCAGUUCCAGGACAAGCUCUGCGGAAUGGAUCUGUGUCUGGAGUCGGAUCACGGCUGUGAGCACAUCUGUGAGAGCUCGCCGGGCUCCUUCCACUGCCUCUGUCUGCCCGGAUACACCCUGAACGACGACGGCAAGACCUGUGCAGCCAUAGAUCUGUGUGCUGAGGGGAAACACGACUGUGAGCAGGUGUGUGUCAGCUCACCUGGUUCGUUCACCUGCGACUGCAACAAAGGAUACAAACUGAACGACGACAAGAAGACCUGCACAAUGAUCGACUUCUGUUCCUAUGGAAACCACAGUUGUGCUCAUGAGUGUGUGAGUGUGCUCAACGGCUAUCACUGCCGCUGUAACCACGGCUACCGGCUGCUGGACGACGGCAAGACCUGCCAGGCCAUCGACCUGUGUGCUGAGGGGAAACAUGACUGUGAACAGAUCUGUGUCAGCGCUCCGGGCGUCUUCAGCUGCGACUGCAACGAAGGAUUCAAACUCAAUGAAGACAAGAAGACCUGUGCACCCAUCGACCUGUGUGCUGAGGGGAAACAUGACUGUGAACAGAUCUGUGUCAGCGCUCCGGGCGUCUUCAGCUGCGACUGCAACAAAGGAUUCAAACUCAACAAAGACAAAAAGACGUGCACAAACAUGGACCUGUGUAACACGGUGGAGCACGGCUGUGAGCACCAGUGUGUGAGCACUCCAGGAUCGUACUACUGCGUUUGUCCUGAGGGACGACUGCUGCAGGACGACGGCAAGAGCUGCGGCACCUGUAAGUCUUCAAACAUCGACCUGGUUCUUCUGAUCGACGGCUCCAAGAGCGUCCGCCCACAAAACUUUGAGCUGGUGAAAAAGUUUGUAAACCAGGUGGUCGACUCUCUGGACGUGUCCACUCACGGCACCAGGGUCGGUCUGGUUCAGUACUCGAGUCGAGUCCGGACUGAGUUUCCUCUCAACAUGUAUCACACGGCCGAGGAGAUCAAAGCUGCCGUCAUGAAGGUGGACUACAUGGAGAAGGGGACGAUGACGGGGCUCUCUCUGAAACACAUGGUGGAGAACAGUUUCUCUGAGGCCGAGGGCGCUCGUCCUGCAGGCCGCAACAUCCCCCGCAUCGGGCUGGUGUUCACAGACGGACGCUCGCAGGACGACAUCACCGAGUACGCCAAGAAGGCCAAAGAAGCCGGGAUCACCAUGUACGCUGUGGGCGUGGGCAAAGCUGUGGAGGACGAGCUCCGUGAGAUCGCCUCUGAGCCCGUGGAGAAACAUUUUUACUACACCAACGACUUCACCGCCAUCAGCAACAUCGCAGAGAACCUCAAACUCAACGUGUGUCCAGAGGAGAGUCAGGGGGAGAUCGAGGUGAAGGACCCCUGUGCCUGUGAGAGUCUGGUGGAGUUCCAGCAGGCCACCAUGAGCAGCCUGGAGCAGAUCACACAGAAACAUAUCCUUUAAAAAAACACCAGUCUGAAUAUUCCUCCUUAACGGUCCGAUACUGGCCGGGAUGACGGCUCGUCUGGAGCAGCUGGAGAACCAGCUCCUCUCCAGGAAGUGAUCACCAUCCGGACACCACAGAAGAAGAAGAAGAACAGAACGAGGAGGAGGAGGGCACAUCCUGGAAGCAUUUAAAAAAAAAAAAAAAAGAGGAUCAGAAACCCUCAAAUCAUCGGACGGCAACCAAAGAGUCUUUUUUUCCACAGAGCCUCUUCAUGAGGAGGACUUUUAUUCUGAAAGUUUGUGAUGCAGAAACUUUUUUAUCUUAAAGAUUUUUAUUCUUUUAAUCUUCAAACACAACAACAGAAACACAAAGCAGCUUCUCCAGAACUAAUCAAUCGAAUGUUUCUAUAAGACAGAAGAAUGUCACAUCUUCAAGCUUCAUCAGAAAACCUUUUUAACUUCUGGAUUUUACAAACUACAGAAGCCCUGAGAGGACAUUUUAACCCGUCCUCCUGUGAGUCAUUCUCUGUUGUUUUCUCACGAUUCUUACUGACUUAUCUGGUUAUUUGGGGAUAACGACGCUGCUCUCUGUGAUAAUGACUUGAUCAUUUAGUUUUUUUAUUUUAGAGAUCUUUUGUGUAAAGGAAAGCCGAGUGGCGUCUCGAGAUGACGACAUGAAUGAGUUAAAAUCUUGAGAAAACAAACAGAGAAUUGCUCACAAUCACCUGAAAAUGGAGUCAAAUAUUACAUAUUGAUCGUAAGAAACCCCCCCCCCCCCCGCACAGAUUGAAGGAUGAGUCCCGGGGGGGGGGGGGGGGGGGGGGUGUCACCUCCAUGUUGUUGAUUCUCUCUCUGUGCAUGAAGAGGAUUAAAGGCUCUCUCUGUUAACGAUCAAACUCUGAUUCUCUCGAAGCGCCCGGUUUAUACUUGAUCUGUUUUGUACGGUUUGUUAAAUAUGAUGUAUUUAUAGCACAUGGUUCUUUUGUUUUUUUAAAGUAGAGUAGAAUCUUUUUAAGAAAAAGAGAUUUACAAAUGAAGUGUUGUUACCACUCCCCGUAUAGAAUCGAUCUUUUUUAUAACAAAUCUAAAACGAAUCAGUCGAGGCGUUGCAGAGAUGAAGAGGAAACACGUUUAGAUUAAAGCACGACCGAUAAAUCAGCCGGCCGAUAUCAGCGUAUCCAGUUACUAUCAGUAUCAGCUGAUUUUAUCACAGAUAUGCGCCGAUAUUACUCCAUUUAUUCACCAGACAAAUAUCAUUAAAUUUGAGUUUCAUUUUAUGACACUAGCAGUUCUCUGUCACCAGCAGAGGGCGCUAUAUCGAUUACAACAAACAUCAUCACUCCAGAGUGAGUUACCUUCCAGUCGAGUGACCAUCUUGUCUUCAUUAUAAAUCUUUUCCACAAGUGUUUGAUAACUGAACUCAAGAAAUGUGUAAAUCUAAAUCUCUACAGAUCUAAACAAGAUAUCGGCCGAUAUAUCGGCAUCGGCUUUCUCCCUCCCCAAUAUCGAUUUCAGUAUCGGCCCAAGAAUCAUAUAUCGGUCGGGCCCUAUUUUAGAAAACGACAAAAAAGGGAAGUUAUUGAGUUUAAAGUCUCAUAUUUCACUAGCUGUGGUCUGUUGUUGAUAAAGAGAAUGUGGUGAAUGAGACGAUAGUUUUAGUUAUUUUACGCAGAACAACAAACAUGAUUUCUUCACUCUGCACUUUCUACGUGUUCUCUCAAACAAAGCGUCCUCACAGGGUCUGUAUUUUCUCCCCGGCGGCCAUGUUUUUCAGCCUCUAUUGAGCGUUCUGUAGUGAACCAGGAGGCCAUGCAGGGUACUGAGUGAACGACAGCAGACUGUUGUAUAAAGAAACAAAAGACCACCACACAUGUAUCCCCCUUUAUAUUUGAAUGCUUGUAUGUUUUUGUAUAUUUUAUAAUAAAGUUACCUUUUUUGUAUUUUUCUGAUGACGCCCCGUGUAACAGCUCAGAGGGCAAUAAAAGAGACAACUUUUCACA